AUGACGACCGCUACAUCAGCCAUUCGCCGUCUGGCCGCUACCUCUAUGCUGUUACUGCUUUUCAAUCACGUCAACGCCGACGGUUACCAUUACGAUCCACCCGCACUACUAACGGCGCCAUCAGCACCCCAACCUAGCCGCGGCCAUUACUUCGCACCGAUUCCCACGACGGCGCCUUUACCACCAGUACCAGCACUGCCACAACUGCCGACCGGUCGCCCUCAACUACAGCCACUGCCACCAACUGCGCCACCAGCACGCCCACAGGUUCAAACACUCAUUCAAGUGCAUCCGGCUGCGCCGAGACCAACAAAAGCACCAGCACCACAACAACGACCACCAACCUAUCGUCCCGGACCGUUUAACACUUUCGCCGGCAAUUAUCGCGAACCCAGCUUUCAGCUGCGCAAUGGUUUCCCCACGGCAAAUGGUGCAGCCGGACGCCAGCCAUCCUUCGGCCCUACGGGCAGCUCACCGCCAGUCAUCGGCUUCCAUUAUCCACGCUCUACCGCUUCAGCGCCAUCCGCAUCGGGACUCUUUAUACCCGCCUCCUUGCAGCAGCAGCAGCAGCAGCAGCCCCAGCCCCAGCCGUUGCGCGUACCAUUCGGUCAACAGCCAGUGUUCAACUAUGUCACCGGUCCGGAUAGUGGCUUCUAUGUGGUUAAUGGCCGACAGCUGAAGCAGUACGCCGUUGUAGAGUUCGUCGACAAUGACAUCUCGCAGGACACCAAACCGUUCCUCUCGCAAGCCUUUGUCAACAAUUAUCGCGCACAAGUGGGUGCCUCUGGCACAGGCGCAAUAGCGCCACUACCUUCCUCUAUGCAAUUGGACUCUACGGCCAAUGCGAUUUUGCGCGAACAGCAGCGGUUGGGGUUGCAAGGCGAUAGCGCACGUGGUGGCUCAAUUGCGCUGGGUUCGGGCGGUAUCGGCUUUGUGCGUCUGCCUGAUGGUUCUGUCACUUUGGGCUCGGGUUCGUUGAACUUUGUAACCGCUCAGCAGCAUUUGGCCGAUCAAAGGGCAGCGCGUACACGUUCGGAAAUUCAACGCGAUCCACUGCACUUCGGUCAUGGCCCAUUCGAAGAACCAAGUAAUGGUUUACCCUUCAAGUGAACAACGACAAGGCCUACUGAUGACGAGGCUGAUGGCGAUGACGAUUGUUAGACUAAGAAUGCAUUGGGUUAUUUAAUUUGUCACACACUUGCCGUGAAGGGGUUUUUUUUAUGUUUUACGUUAUUGUUUUUUAUUUUGAUAUUGUAAAAUAUUGCUGCCAACUUAGAUUUAAGUUAUAAAGAAAUAACAGUGUAUAUAUUCCUACUAUAUAUCUGUCUCAUUCCCACGAA